GUUUCCUGCUGCCAGCCCGCACCUCCCUACAUGUCCGUGGGUCUGCUGAGCUCUGUGUGCAGAGGCUGCGGACGCAGAGCGACACAUCUGAUCGUCAGAGUCUCUGAGCCUCCUGUUCUACUGCUGAAGUGUCUGUUUCAGGGAGAGAGAAACCCGAGAGCUGCUCAGCCAACAUGGAGGGGAGGCGACGUCUUCUCCUCAGCCUCAUCUUCGCAGCGUGUUUCUACGGCAACGCUGCUCAGACGACAGACUGCACGCAAGAGGCUGUAGCUGACAUCGUCUUCAUGGUUGACGGGUCGUGGAGCAUCGGCACAGCAAACUUUGGGCAGAUCCGUCAGUUUCUGUACACGCUGGUCAACAGCUUCGAUGUCGGGCCUGACCAAGUACGCAUCAGUCUGGUCCAGUACAGCACCACACCGCGCACCGAGUUCCUGCUCAACACCUAUCAGAACAAGGAGAACAUUCUCGAGUACAUCAGCAAUUUACCGUACAUGGGGGGCGGCACCCAGACGGGGCAGGGUUUGGACUUCAUGAUGAAAGAGCACUUUGUGGAGGCAGCUGGGAGCCGGGCUGGCCAGAAGGUCCCGCAGAUCGCAGUGGUAAUCACUGAUGGCAAAUCGCAAGACAACGUGGAGCACCACGCCCAGGAUCUGAAGAGAAAGGGAAUUAUUUUGUAUGCAAUCGGUAUCAAAGACGCAGACGAAGACCAGCUGAAAGAGAUAGCGAAUGAGCCACACAGCCAACAUGUCUACAGCGUGUCUGAUUUCGCUGCUCUGCAGGGAAUCUCGCAGAGCAUCGUCCAGACGCUGUGCACGUCCGUAGAAGAAGCCAAACGACAACUCCUGCAGUUGUCUCAAGAAUGUGCCAAAGCCAGUGUGGCCGACAUCGUCUUCCUCGUCGACGGCUCCUCCAGCAUCGGCAUCCCUAACUUUCAGGCAGCUCAGCAGUUUCUCAGCAGUGUCGUCACAGGCCUCGACAUUGGCCCUGACAAAGUUCGCGUUGGCUUGGCGCAGUACAGUGAUGACCCUUACCAGGAGUUCCUGCUGAAGGAUCACAUGGACAAGCAAUCCCUGCUGACUGAAAUAGCCACAUUCCCCUACCGCACAGGGGGCACGCAAACGGGCAAGGCCAUCGACUUCCUGAUUAAGAGGUACUUCACAGCGGAGGCUGGGAGCCGUGCCAGCCAACGAGUGCCUCAGAUCGCUGUGAUCAUCACGGAUGGCGACUCCAUAGAUGAUGUGAUAGAGCCGGCCAAGCGCCUGCGGCAGCACGGAGUCAUUGUAUUUGCCAUCGGGGUGGGACAGGCCGACGUUAAGCAGCUUCAGUCCAUCGCCAGCAAGCCUCCAGAGCGUUUCCUACUUACCAUCAAUAGCUACCAGGCUCUGGUGGCCCUGAAAGACGUUCUACUGAAAACUGUUUGUGUGUCCAUGGAGGAUCAGAGACAAGCAUUGGCAGAAAAGUUUUCAGACAUCUUCUUCCUGUUGGACAGUGGUGUGAGUGCCGGAGAGUUCCAGCAGGUCAGGAGCAUCCUCGUCCGACUGGUUAAUCAACUUAACGUGGGAGGAGCUUCCAACCGUCUUGGCUUUGCUCAGUAUGGUCAAGAUGUCAAGGUAGAAUUUUUUCUCAACACUUUCCGAACCAAAGAGGAGACCCUGACCGCUGUUAAGCGUCUCCGCCAGCGCAAACUGCAAGCCAACGAGCAGCGUUACCUGGGCAGUGCACUUAAGAACGCCAGCACUCAAUUUUUCACCAGUGAGGCCGGAAGUCGGGCAGACCAAGGAUACCGGCAGUACCUUGUUGUUGUCAGUGGAAAAGAUUCAGAUGAUCCUGUGCAUAAGUCAGCUCGUCGGAUCAAAUUGCAAGGAGUAACCGUGGCCGGGAUGAGCGUUGGUGCAUCGAUGAUUGAAAUGCGCGUCAUAUCCACAGCACCAUAUGCAUACGACUCAAUCAGCAACGCUGUACCUGUACUGAAGGCUGUUUUCGAAAAACAGGAUCAGGAAGCCACUCUUACUGGAGAUUGCAAAGCAGCCAAACUGGCAGACAUUGUGUUCAUCGUUGACGAAUCUGGAAGCAUUGGACCUGCGAAUUUCCAGCUGGUUCGCACUUUCCUGAACUCGAUUGUGGGCGGCUUUGAAGUCAGUCCAACUAAAGUCAGAGUUGGCAUUGUGUUGUACAACGACGAGGCCACAGCACAGGUCUACCUCGACACCUUCGAUAACAAGAAAGAACUGCUGAAUUUCAUAAAAAUUCUGCCUUACCGUGGAGGUGGUACGAAGACUGGAGCUGCCCUCAAUUUCACCCGCGAAAAUGUUUUCAUCAAGAAAAGAGGAAGCAGAAAAGAUAAGGGUGUUCAGCAGGUGGCAGUCGUGAUCACUGAUGGUGACUCCCAGGACAAUGUGAGCCAAGCAGCAGCUGAACUGCGAAGGGCCGGAGUCACCGUCUACUCUGUUGGAGUCAAAGAUGCCAAAAAGGCCGAGCUGGCGGAGAUGGCAUCUCAUCCCCCAAAUAAACAUGUGUUUACUGUGGGCAGUUUUGUCGAGCUGAAAUCUCUGGAGCAGAGCCUACAGAAAAUAAUUUGCCUUAACGUCUUGCACCAAACCUUCACAGUCGGGACGAGAAGAACUGGUAUCAAAGAAGGGUGUUCACAAACAGAUGAAGCAGAUAUCUUCUUCCUGAUUGACCACUCAGGAAGUAUUUACCCCUCAGACUUCUAUGACAUGAAGAAGUUCAUGAUUGAGUUUCUUCACACCUUCCGUAUUGGGCCCGACCAUGUCCGUGUAGGAGUGGCAAAAUACGCAGAUUCGCCAAACUUAGAAUUUGAUCUGACAGCCUACUCAGAUUCCACGACAUUGGAGAAAGCCGUGGAGGGAAUCAAACAAAAAGGAGGUGGGACAGAGACGGGCAGAGCGCUGGAAUUCAUGGGCCCACAUUUUGACAGAGCGAUGGCCACCCGAGGGCACAAAGUCCCCGAGUUCCUGGUAGUCAUCACUGAUGGAAAAUCCUCUGAUGAGGUCAAGGUCCCUGCAGAGAAACUGAGGGCUCAGGGCGUCACUGUGUACGCCAUUGGGGUGAAAAGCGCAGAUGCAGAAGAGCUGCGCGAGAUCGCCGGUGACCCUAAGAGGACUUUCUUUGUCAAUAAUUUUGAUGCCUUGAAGCCCAUUAAGGAUGACAUCAUCACAGACAUCUGUUCCCAAGAUGCUUGCAAAGACAGACCAGGCGACCUCGUCUUUUUGAUUGACAGCUCAGGGAGCAUCUAUCCCCAAGACUAUGAGAAAAUGAAAGACUUCAUGAAAACUGUCAUUGGCAAGUCGGUCAUCGGCCAGAAUGAGGUGCAUGUUGGUGUCAUGCAGUUCAGCACCAUCCAAAAAAUAGUGUUCCCACUCAACAGCUUCUACACCAAAGAAGAAAUAUCCAAAGCCAUUGACAACAUGCAGCAGAUUGGUGGAGGCACACACACGGGUGAAGCCAUCACAGAUGUGUCACAGUAUUUUGAACCAAGCAGAGGAGGGCGUCCUAACCUGAAGCAGAGGCUGAUAGUCAUUACAGAUGGUGAGGCCCAAGACGAGGUCAAAGAGCCGGCUGCGGCUCUCAGAGACAAGGGAGUCAUCAUCUAUGCCAUUGGAGUUGAGGCUGCCAACACCACCCAGCUGCUGGAGAUCAGUGGGUCACCAGACAAGAUGUACGCCGAGAGGGACUUUGACGCUUUGAAGGACCUGGAGAACCAGUUGGCUUUUGAGCUCUGUGAACCAGAGAGAGACUGCAAGAAGACGGAAAGAGCUGAUAUUAUUUUCCUGGUGGACUGCUCCACAAGCAUAACUGAUGACAAGUUCAAAAGCAUGAAGAAGUUUAUGGAGUCAAUAGUGAAUGAAACCACAGUUGGAAAAGACCUGACUCGCUUUGGGGUCAUUCGCUUCUCCACCGUCCCCAAAUCGGUAUUUACUCUGAACCAGUAUGGCUCCAGGCGAGAGGUUAGUCAAGCAAUAGCAGCACUGAAUGCCCCCAAUGGAGACACCUAUACCGGCAAAGCCUUGGCAUAUUCAUUAGAGUUCUUUGAUGCUGAAAAUGGUGGGCGAGCUUCACUCAAGGUGCCACAGAUUCUCAUGGUGAUCACGGAUGGUGACGCUACCGACCCCAACAAUCUGGCCGCACCAUCUGUGGCACUGCGAGACAAAGGGAUCAGUGUGUUCAGUAUCGGCGUGGAAGGAGCAAACAGGGAACAGUUAGAUACCAUGGCUGGUCAUGACACAUCCAAAGUUUUCUAUGUGGACAAUUUCGACGCCCUGGAAACUCUCUACAAGAAUAUAUCUCAAGUUCUCUGCAAUUCCACCAAGCCAGCUUGUGAAAAAGAGAAGGCUGACCUGGUCUUCCUAAUUGAUCAGUCUGGCAGCAUCGGUUCACAGGAUUACAACACCAUGAAGAUGUUCACCACUGAACUAGUGAACAGCUUCAAUGUCAGUGAAGAUUUAGUGCGUGUUGGCUUAGCCCAGUUCAGUGACACCUUUCAGCACGAGUUUUACCUGAACCAGUUCUACAGCGAGCAAGUCGUGACCAAGCACAUCUUAGCUAUGCAGCAGCUUGGCGGAGGAACCACCAUCGGACGGGCCCUGGAUUCCAUCAGGGUUUAUUUUGAGGCAGCGCAGGGCGGCCGUAGAAAAGAAGGGAUCUCCCAGAAUCUGGUGCUGAUCACAGACGGCCAAUCACAGGAUGAAGUGCAAGAUGCGGCCGAUCGUCUCAGGGCUCUGGGGAUUGAGGUGUUUGCCAUCGGCAUCGGAGCCGUCCACGACCAGCAGCUCCUGCAGAUCACUGAGUCGCGCGAGAGGCUGUUCACUGUGAACAACUUUGGUAGCUUGGAAAAGAUCAAACAAAAGGUGUUGGACACCAUCUGCAAAUCCAAACCCAUCAAAGAGACCAAAAGCUGCACCAUUGAUAUCGCCAUGGGAUUUGAUAUUUCUCGAAGCCCGAGAGCUCCUGCUGAGAAGCUGAUCAGCGGCCACUCCAAGCUGCAGACCUUCCUGCCUCAGAUCGCCCAUUACGUGUCCUCAGUACCGAGCCUGUGCUGCGUCGGUCCCGAACCCAUCAAGACCAACAUCGGCUACCGAGUGGUGAGUCGUGACGGACGCUCCCUGGACGACUUCAGCUUUGAGGAAUACAGCGAGGAAGUGUUGCGGAGAGUCAUGGACUUGAACCUGACAGAGCCGACUUAUUUCAACACCGCGCUGAUGAAAUCCUUUGGGGAAAAGUUCAGCACCCAAUCCAGAGCUGGUGUAAAGGUGCUGGUGAUCUUCUCCGACGGACUCAACGAAGACGUGAUGAAACUGGAGCAUGAGUCAGAGCUGCUGCGACAAUCUGGCGUCAGCGCUCUGCUGACGGUGGCUCUGGAGGGAGCGCGAGACUCCGCCCAGCUGCAGAUGGUGGAGUUCGGUCGAGGAUUCGGCUACAAUCUCCCUCUGAGCAUCGGCAUGCCGAGCGUCGGCAGCACCAUCCUCAAACAGAUUGACUCCGUGUCCGACCGGGAAUGCUGCAACGUCAUGUGCAAGUGUUCGGGACACGAAGGCGUCCGUGGCUCCCGGGGGCCCCCGGGGUCAAAGGGUCCGUCGGGACAGAAGGGUUUCCAAGGGUACCCUGGAGACGAGGGCGUCGCUGGCGAGCGGGGUGGUCCCGGACCGAGCGGCCCCCAGGGCCUCCAGGGAUGCUCCGGACUCAGAGGACAGAAGGGCUACCGAGGCCUGCGCGGGAACAGGGGUGAAGACGGAGAGGACGGACUGGACGGAGUCAACGGAGAACAGGGAGCGACGGGAAGCGACGGAGGUCGAGGAGAGAGAGGAAACCCAGGAAACUCAGGUAUCCCAGGUAUCAGGGGGGAGGCGGGGCUGAAAGGACAGCGAGGACUGAGAGGAGAUCCGGGUGAACCGGGCGCCGACAACAACACCCCGGGAUCCAGAGGACAGCCCGGCAACCCGGGUUUACCGGGGGUGCCGGGUCAGGACGGGCGGCCGGGAGAGAGCGGCAUCGUCGGAAACCCGGGUCCGGAUGGGAGGAGAGGCUCGCUCGGCGACAAGGGGGCGCCUGGAAACCCGGGAGAUGCAGGAGUACCAGGCAGCCCCGGUGCUUCUGGUCCACAGGGUCCCCGAGGGGUCAGAGGUCAACCUGGACCCAGAGGAAUCGCCGGUCUGCCCGGACCUCAGGGAGGACCAGGAAGCGCUGGAGCUCCGGGCCCCGCCGGGCGCCGCGGAGCUAACGGACAGAAGGGCCAACCAGGCGACCCGGGGGCGAAGGGUGUUCCAGGAUCACUGGGACCCAGAGGAAUGGCUGGUGAGGAUGGUAGAGACGGUCAUGGACCUGCAGGACCUAAAGGUGGCAAGGGAGAUGCUGGUUUCCCUGGUUACCCCGGUCUACAGGGUGAGGACGGCCUGCAGGGACCCGGAGGAUUUCCAGGCCCUAAAGGGAACCAAGGACGAGGGGGGAACUCGGGCCUGUCUGGAGAGUCGGGAGUGGGCGGAGAACCGGGAUAUCCAGGACACACAGGUUCCAGAGGUCCUCCUGGAGGCAAAGGCAUGACUGAGUGUCAGCUGAUCACCUACAUCAGAGACAACUGUGUUUGUUCCAUCGAUCGAUCGGAGUGUCCGGCCUAUCCCACCGAGCUGGUGUUUGGACUGGACAUGUCGGCGGACGUGACCCCGGAUGCCUUUGAGACGCAACGGUCUGCCCUCCUCUCUCUGCUGGACGGCAUCGCCAUCGCCGAGAGCAACUGUCCAUCAGGCGCACGGGUCGCUGUGGUUGGAUACAGCGCUUACACCAAGUACCUGGUCCGCUUCCAGGACUACCGCCGCAAGAAGCAGCUCGUCGAGUCCGUACAGAACAUCGCCUUGGAGAGGACGUCCAACCGACGGCAGCUAGCGGCCGCCAUGCGCUUUGUGGGUCAGAACGUCUUUAAGCGUGUCCGAGCAGGAGCGAUGAUGAGGAAGGUGGCAGUGUUUUUCUCUAACGGGCCCUCACAGGACGUUAACGACCUUGUCUCUGCCGUGAUGGAGUACCGGGCCCUCAACAUCGUCCCGGCUGUCGUCUCUCUGAGGAACGCCCCCGCUAUCAGUCGGGCCCUGGAGGCCGACGACUCAGGAAACUCCAUGUUCACAGUGCUGGGGAGGGACAUGGCUGCGGAUCUGAGGAAGGUCAAGAACUGUGCCAUCUGCUACGACCCGUGCAGGCGCUCAGAGGAAUGCGCCUUCAUCCAGGAACAAGUGAAGCCUCAGGAGGUGGACGUGGACCUGGUCAUGGUGGUGGACAGCUCCAGGGAGGUGCAGGCGGACGAGUACGCCGGCGUCCAGCAGCUGCUGGGCUCGGUGGUGGAGCAGCUGGCCGUGAGCUCGCAGCCCCGCCGGACCGACAACCAGGCCCGGGUGGCUGUCGUGCAGCAGAGCGGCACCCAGGCACCCAAGGUGGAGUUCGGCCUGCAGACCUACCAGGACCACGACGUGAUGAGGACGCACCUGAUCCAGAACAUGCAGCAGCAGGGCGGCGCCUCGGCCCUGGGACAGACGCUGGAGUUCACCCUGAAGGAGGUGCUGCUGAAGGCCGGCCAGCCGCGGAGGAAGAGGGUGCUGCUCACCGUGGUCGGCACCGAGACGGCGUACGCCGACCGGGCCAAGCUGCGGUACGUCUCCCAGAAGGCCAAGUGUGAGGGCGUGGCCGUGUUCGUGGUGACGGUCGGCAAUCGCUACAGCCGGGCGCAGGUGGAGGCGCUGGCCAGUCCGCCCGUUCAGCAGCACGUGAUCCACGUCGGCAGGCUGAUGGCCGAGGAGCAGGGCUACGCCCGGCGCUUCUUCAGGGUCUUCAUGUCGGCCGUCAACAAGGGACUGAACUCGUAUCCUCCGCCAGCUCUAAAACUGUCGUGUGAUCAGCUGACCGGACAGGAGGGAGGACAGAUCGACGGUAAGGGGGAGGCGGAGCUGGAGGCGGAGCUAGAGGUGGAGAUGGUGGAGGAGGCAUUUCAGGAGCAGACAGGAGGACAGACUCUGAUGGGCCAGCUGGACGUCACCGAGGCUCUGUUCAGAGGAGACGGCCAGGGAUUCGUCUCAAGAGGCAACGCCCGGUGUCAGCUGGAAGCCGACGCUGGUUCCCAGUGUAGCGACUCUGUCCACGUGUGGUUCUAUGACCCUCGUGUGGCUGCAUGCUCUCCCUUCUGGUACGGAGGUUGCGGCGGUAACGCAAACCGCUUUAACACGGAGGCUGAAUGUGUGCGGACGUGUGGCUCCGACAAUCCCAACAUCCUGCCGAUGCCACAGCUCAACAGCUUCACCACAAAAGACGCCUGUUUCCUGGGUCAGGACCCCGGCGGAUGUCAGAACUACACCAUGCUCUGGUUCUUCGACACUGAACAGAACGAAUGUUCUCGCUUCUGGUACGGCGGCUGCGGCGGCAACGAGAACCGCUUCGUGACGCAAGACGACUGCGAGAGCCUGUGUCUGACGAAGAGUUGAUGAGGAGGACACAGGACAACCACCAGAGCGAGUUCAUGAGUCAUUUAAGAGCCGUCACCCGGCUGCUUCACCUCGUCUUCUUUCUUCAACGUGCACGUUUCCCUCCGAGCACUUCCUGUUUAUAGAGUAAAAAAAAAAAAAAAAGAACCUUCACCUUUCUGCAACAGGAAACUGUCGCGCGUUGACGCAACACGUUGAAGCAACUCGUUGACGCAACACGGCAGACACUCGGGCCACUUUGUCUGGUGACGAACCUGGAGGCUGAUGCGACAACAAUCGAUUCAGAAACGAACAUGAAAAUAAGUUAAUGUAAAUGAGCUUGGUGCUAAAUGAUUUUCCAUCACUGGUCAUUAAAGAUCGAUUUCACUCACGUUCAGUUAUUCUUUUAAAUUUUACUGCUGAAAAAUAAAGUGACUGAAAUAUUAAAAUGAAA